AAAGGUGGCUGAUGAUACUGUAUGUGGGUGCCGCUGGAGAGGCUUCCGAACAUCAAGAGAACUGCAUUCAAAACUCGGUAUGGGCAUUUCGAAUUUCUCGUUCUUCCUUUUGGACUGACCAAUGCCCGUGCCACUUUCAUGUGCUUGAUGCACAACGUCUUUGUGAUUUCUUGGACCGGUUUGUCAUAAUCUUCAUUGAUGACAUUCUGAUCCAUAGAAAAUCAUUGAAAGAACAUGCUGAGCAUCUAAGACAGGUGUUCACUCGACUUCGUGAGCACUGUCUCUUCGUCAAACACAGCAAGGAGAGGAGGAUUCCAUUGGGAUUCGGACCAGCAAAAGCCUUUGACUCUAUCAAGUGUGAACUAACCUCUUAUCCUACCCUAGUCCUACCCAACCCUUCCCACCCUGAUGUGAUAUGGACAGAUGCCUCUCAGGUUGCAACGGGUGCAAUCCUUUGUCAAGAUCAAGGGCAUGGCCUCCAGCCCAUUGCUUUCGAAUCUCGGAAGCUCAAGCCUGCUAAGUGCAACUAUUCUACUCAUGAUCGUGAGGUGCUGGCCAUCGUCCAUGCAAUCAAGAAGUGGCGUUGCUAUGUCCAUAUGCAACCCGUCACUGUUCUUACUGACCACUGCACCCUGCAAUACCUGAAGACACAACCCCAUCUCACACCUAGAUAGGCCCGAUGGAUGGAGUAUCAGGAAUAG